AUGGUGCCGUAUGGUGUAGUAGGUGUGGUAUAUGGUACGAUUUGGUGGGAUGUGUUAUGGCAUGUUGUGGCAUCGUAAGGUGUGUUGUGAUAUGGUAUGCUAUAGCAUGGUAUGGUAUGGUAUGCUGUGGUGUGGCAUUGGGUUGAUUGGUAUAUGGUAUUGUGUGGUAUACUAUGUUUUGAUGUGGUAUAGCAUGGAGUGGUGUGGGUUGGUAUUGUGUUGUAUGGUAUGGUAUGGUGUGGUGUGGUGUGGUAUGGGUUGGUGUGGUAUACAUGGCGAGGUAUGGUAUGGUAUGGUAUGAUAUGUUGUUGUAUAGUGUGGCCUGCAAUCGUGUGGUGUGUUAUAGUAUGAUGUAAAAUUGUUGGCCCCAUAACAUUUUGACUAUUUCAGACAUUGAUGAAUGCUCAGAAGGGAACUUCAGUUGCGACCCAAAUGCAACUUGUAUCAAUAGUCAAGGCUCAUACAAUUGUCAAUGUAAAAACGGAUUCCAGGGGAAUGGAAAACAGAAUUGCACAGGUAUAAAGUUUUUUAUGAAAAUAAUCCAUUAUUUUCUUUGAGUCAAUCAUUUUGGGUAUCUAAAGAUUUUUAAGGACUAAAAUCUUGCAAAUAUUCAGAUAUUGAUGAAUGUUCCGAGGAGUCGACCAACGAAUGUCAUUUGAAUGCAACUUGUUCAAACACUCCAGGUUCGUAUGAAUGCGAAUGUCGAACUGGAUAUCAUGGACUUGGACGUGCUUGCACAGGUACACUCUAUGUUAGUAAAAGGCCCCUAACUCUAAAUAUAAAUUCCUUAUCAAUAUAUUUUGUGCACUGAAGUCAAAUUAAAUAAAUUUUGAGUCAUAAUAUUUUGACUAUUUCAGACAUUGAUGAGUGCUCUGAUGGAAACUUCACUUGUCACCCAAAUGCAACUUGCAUCAAUACUCAAGGCUCGUACGAAUGUCAAUGUAAAAACGGAUUCCAGGGGAAUGGAAAACAGAAUUGCACAGGUAUAAAGUUUUUUAGGAAAACAAUCCUUUAUUUUCUUUGAGUCAAUCAUUUUAGGUUUCUAAAGAUUUCUAAGGACUAAAAUCUUGCAAAUAUUCAGAUAUUGAUGAAUGUUCUGAGGAGUCCACCAACGAAUGUCAUUUGAAUGCGACUUGUUCAAACAUUCCAGGUUCGUAUGAAUGCGAAUGUCGAGCUGGAUAUCGUGGCCAUGGACGUGCUUGCACAGGUAUACUCUAUUUCAGCAAAAGAGGCACUUGCUCUAAAAAUAUAUUCUUUAUCAGUGUAUUUCAGACACUGAAGUCAACCUAGACAAAUUUUGAGCCAUAAUAUUUUGACUAUUUCAGACAUUGAUGAAUGCUCUGAUGGAAACUUCACUUGUCACUCAAAGGCAACUUGCAUCAAUACUCAAGGCUCAUACACAUGUCAAUGUAAGAAAAGAUACGUGGGCGAUGGAACAAACAACUGCACAGGUAUAAAAUUUUUUUAUGAAAACAAUCCAUUACACUGAAGUCAUGCUAAACAAAUAUUUAAUCAUAAUAUUUUGAUCAUUUCAGAUAUUGACGAAUGCUCUGAAAGAAACUUCACUUGUCACCCAAAUGCAAAUUGCAUCAAUACUCAUGGCUCGUACGUAUGUCGAUGCAAAAUUGGAUACGAGGGGGACGGGAUAAAGAAUUGCACAG